AUGUCAGGGUUCGAUAACUUCAACACUGACUUCUACCAGUCCAGCUACAGUGUAGAUGACCAAAACCAGGGCGGCUAUGGCUACAGCAACUCUGAAAACUACAACAAGCAGUACGGUCAGUACGAUUACUCUCAGCCAAUGGGCUACCCAUCGCCAGGAAUGAUGCAACCCCAGCAGCCAUACGCAGGACAAAUCUUCCAGCCCACGCAGACCUACACCCCAUCCGCAUCACAGUCCAUGUACAGUAACAGCUUUGACGACGAGCCGCCGCUGUUAGAAGAAUUAGGGAUCAAUUUUGACCAUAUCUGGCAGAAGACCCUCACAGUUCUCCAUCCAUUGAAAGUAGCAGAUGGGAGCAUCAUGAAUGAGACAGACAUGGCCGGUCCGAUGGUCUUUUGUUUGGCCUUUGGGGCGACUCUUCUCCUGUCAGGCAAGAUUCAGUUUGGCUACGUGUACGGCAUCAGUGCGAUCGGUUGCCUCGCCAUGUACUGCCUCCUCAACCUCAUGAGUAUGACGGGCGUGUCCUUCGGCUGCGUGGCCAGCGUGUUGGGAUACUGCCUCCUUCCUAUGAUCAUCCUCUCCAGCUGUGGCGUUCUCUUCUCGUUACAGGGCAUGAUUGGGAUUAUACUAACAGCAACAAUUAUCGGCUGGUGCAGUUUCUCUGCCUCAAAGAUCUUCAUCUCGGCGUUGGCCAUGGAUGGGCAGCAGUUCUUGGUGGCUUACCCCUGUGCUUUGCUAUAUGGGGUCUUUGCACUCAUCUCUGUCUUCUAAAAAAAAAAAAAAAGUCUUUGCACAACAGUUUUAAAGUAACUGCUCCACGGUCUCUGUAAUUUGAGUCUUAUUAGCGUCAAUGUAAUUAGUUUAAUUAUUGGCUAAUUACACAGUUGCUCCGGGAAAAAUGGGAACCUCCUCAUCUAAACGGCACCAAGGAUUCUUCUUUUCUCUUAGAAGCCUCCUCCUCUCGCCACAUUCCGACCUGAAGGCAAACGAAAACUGGAGUGGAUCGCAUCGUCUUGGAAUCCUCUGCAGCUUGUUCCUCUCAUUCACCUUAAAGAAGAAUACAUUUUCUGCCCCUAUAUAGCAUCAUACAGUCAGGUGUUUUUUUUUUUUUUGUUUUUUUUUGUUUUUUUGAGGACAUGAAUGAAAGAAGAUGGAAAAAUUAGGAGAUCCAGGAAGUGUGUAUAUAUAAUUUCUAUACAUGGGAGAAGAUGCUGGGGUUGUUUCUUAAAAUGAAGGACCCAGUAAAAGCCACACGGUAAUUAAUUUUUUUGACUGAAGGGGAAAAAAAAUCUUGAGCUAUUACAAGCAAACACCCACAGCAUCUACAACAGUAACUCUGAGAAGCAUUGCUCUUCCUCACUGCAUUAGUCUGCAGCUGUUUAUGCUGCUUUCCCUCCAGAAUGUUUUCUUGUUCAGAAACUUUUUUUUUAUUUUUUUUUUUUAAACCCAAGACUGAGGAGCCAUGGAUCACCCUCGUCAGAUAGAAAUCAGCUCGGCUGCAUCUUCCCAUCUAUUUAGCUACUCGUUUGCUUGUCGUUGCCUUUCAGGAAAAACACAACCACAUUUUGCACAGGAGUUUUGUUGUAGUUAUCAAAAUAAACGCAUAAAUAAAAUGGAUUACACAUUGCGAGAGAGUAGACUGGAGGAGACUCCUGUGUGUCGGGACAUGUUUCUUUGUACACUUCUGACUUCAUUUUAGAGACUCGACUCUUUGUAUGCUUUGUGUAUUCUGUACAUGUUUCCUCAUCCACAUUAAAGUUGGUUUUGAAAGUUG